AACGGCCCAAAUACCUGUCAUACCCGGAAGUGUUCGUGCAUGCAACAUGGCCGCCAUCGGAACGUGGACUUUUGCUCUUCCCGCUAUCAAAGUGGCAAAACGUAAACUUGAAGAAGGUUCCUCUUGUCUAGACGCGCUUGAAGCCGGUAUAAACGCCGUGGAAGACGAUGGCGCCACGGGAAGGUAUCUUGUGGGCCGCGGGGGCUACCCCAACGCCAAGGGAGUCCACGAGUUCGACGCGGCGGUCAUGGUUGGGGAGGGCUGCCGGUAUGGAGGCGUGGCAGCGUUGCGGGGCGUGGCAACACCUGUAAGCGUUGCCAGACGGGUGAUGGAGAAAUCUUCCCACAGCAUGUUAGUAGGGCCAGGAGCAACAGCAUUCGCCGUAGAGCAGGGCUUUCCACUAGAAACUUCAGAUACCUUACACACUGAAGAAAGUUUGAGCGCAUUUCGGAAGUUUCUCCAGAAGCAAGCAGAUGAGGCGAGAGCCAGGGCGGAGGAAAAGAUGCAGAGGAGCAAAGAGGAGAAGAAAACAGGGCACGACACGCUGGGACUUAUCGUACUCGAUAAGAAGUCUUCCCGUAUCGCAGCAGGUGUGUCCACGAGCGGGGCUCCGUUCAAAGCCGAAGGCCGGGUCGGGGACUCCCCGCUUCCAGGCGGCGGGCUCUACGCAGACGACGCCGGCGGAGCGGCUGUAGCUACCGGGGACGGGGACAACAUGAUGAGAUUCUGCCCUUCUUUUCAGGUGGUUCAGAUGAUGAGGCAGGGGAUCGACCCCCAGACGGCUUGCAGAGAGGUGGUGAAACAGAUUCACCAGAAAGUCGGCACAGACAUGUUUGAGAUGGCUCUUGUAGCGAUGGAUAUGAAGGGAUGUACGGGUAGUGGAAGUACUGUGUUAACAUGGGAGGAUGUCUGUGAGGGGAAAACAUAUGAAGGGUUUCCUUAUGUAAGGUGGGUGGAAGGGGAGUGCUCUGAGCCUAUCAUAUGCGUCGAACCUGCAACUAAACUGACCUAGUAGUCUUGGACCAAAAUACUUCAUGAUUUUAAUGGCUUUACGAUGCAUACAGCAGGUGGAGGUUUGAACCCUGUUCAGGCAUAAAGCACCAAACUGGUAAAAAAUGUACGUAAAAAGAACUCAUAAUACACUCAUUGAGAAGACUAGUCUAGGAUGUGUGCUUAAAGCCUUUCUUAUAAAAGCGAACGGUAGUGAAGCUACAUUGAGCUAUCAACCAUCCAGAAAAGUAUUAUUCUUCAUCUCAGACAUUAAUCUGAAGAAUUACAAUAAAGCAAAAAUACAAGAAUGUUGAAGUAUUGGAACUUGUUUAUUCAGAGAGAACUUACUUAACACGUUAAAUAAUGCUUUUAGCACAUGUCCAAAUAUAGGUUCCAUCUGUUGCUUGUCCAAAAUAAUGCCAUUCUACAUUUCAUCACAUAACUUGCCACAAAAAAAAAACCUUUGACAUCUGUAUACAAAACCUUGUAUUGUAAGAAAAUAGUUUCCAUUGACAUGAAUUAAUUCAGUCACUGAAUAAAGACGGAAUGGUCUAAAACGUCUGACCAUUUCCAAAGUCAUAGCCAGUUGCUUGAGUAACUACUAUUUGGCAUAUCUUAUUACCUCAAUGUCUAACCACCAUCAAUUGAAUUGUAUGUUUCACAACUCUUGGCAAAUAUGGAAAGAAUCACGAAGUUAUCAGGAAUGCUGUUCAUGCUACCAGUAGUACAGAUCUGCCUUGGUUCAUAAUGUGACAACUCUGUAUUCUUGAAUUUCUCCUUAUUCCAACUACAAUGUACCACACUGUUUUCAUUGUGUCACUCACUAUAAUUACCGUUUUAAUGUAUACUCUUGCCAUUUUUUAAGUGCCGCACCAUUUUGUCCAUUGUUUAUACAAUAGAUUUAGGUGUUUAUUUCAAAUUAAACAUCUAAAGUUGGUCAUGGAGGGUUUGGAAUCAGAGAGAACAAACUAAAGUCACAUAUUGACAGAAAGGUAUACAAAUGCUCAUGUACAUGUACAAUAUUCUUACCAUAGGCACAUUACAAUGUGACAAUGCAACAAUUUGAAUCCUUAUGUUUUUCCAUACAGUAUUGUUAGAGGAAGGCUACAGUCAACCAACCAUUUAUAAAGUCUAUGAUAUGGUCAUAAUGCAGAUAUACACACACGUGCGCAGAAAUUGCACGAUAUGAAUUGUAGUCAGACUUUGGACAAUAAAGGCACAAUACUUUUUGGCAUGAACUUACAACAGUUUAAAUGUUGCACUAAAGCACAUGUGAAUUCACUACAAUAGAAUGGUCCAAUUACCGUCAUUAUAAAACAAUGAACAUUUAAAGUGUUCAGCUUCCCAACUUAAUAGAAAAAAAA